AUGCCUCAUACCGCGCCGGAAUUGACUUGCUGGCUCCUCGACACCAGGACUCUAUGGCCAGGCGAUAGGAUCUCUGAUGUCGCCUCCUCAGCGCUCGCGCUCGUCAGCGAGGCUGAACAGCACAAUGUCCGCAGCAAAUACCACAUCAGCGAUGCGCGUAUGACGCUGGGCUCCGCGCUCCUCAAACGCUUCUACACUGCACGCACGCUCGGCGUUCCGUGGUCCGAGAUUAGCUUCACACGCAGAGGGGAUGCGCGGCAUGGGAAACCGUGCCACCUGUCCACCGCAUCCACCAAUUUCUCCGCUGGAAACCGUAAGAGGGUCGACUUCAAUGUUUCACACCAGGCAGGACUGGUGGCAUUGAUAGGCGCUUGCUGGUCUGUCGAUAACGAAGCGGGAGAGAAGGAAGAAGAGGCAACGCCAGAAGUGGAAGUAGGCAUCGACAUCACCUGCGUGAACGAGCGGAACGACUACGCGAAGCUCGACACCGAGGGCUUCGAGCGCUGGAUGGACACGUACACGGAGUUUUUCUCCAACGACGAGAUCUGGGACAUGACGUACACGCUCCCGCAGCCGCUGACGUUGCUGGACGGCAGCACGAUCAGCGAGGAGGAGCUAGGGCGACUGGACAGAUGCGUCACGCGUGACAAGGAAGUUUCAGUGAAUUUAGCGAACGGGCAGACGAGGACGUUCGGCAGCGAUCUGAUCGUCGAUGCGAAGUUGAGGCGCUUCUAUACGUUCUGGGGCUACAAGGAGGCGUAUAUAAAGCUGACGGGAGAGGCGAUGAUGGCGCCUUGGCUGCGGGACCUGGAGUUUAGGAAUGUGAGGGCGCCGAGGCAGGGAAUGGUGCCGCGGUGCAGUACCCACGGAGUUUGGGGCGAGAGGGUAAGUGAUGCGGAGGUUUAUCUGAACGACGAAAGAGUGGAGGAUGUGAGUAUGGAGAUUCAGGCCUUUGAGGAGGAUUAUAUGAUUGCUGUUGCAGUCAAGCCGAAAGAGCGCUUAGGUGAAGCGGGCAUUCCUAAGCUUGAACGGGUAGAUGUUGAGGAUAUACUUGCGGCUGCGGAGUGUGGAGGUGCUUGA